AUUUAGACAUGGAUAAUAAUAAAAUUUAUUGUCCGAUCUGUUCUGAAAGAUUUCCUUCUACGGUAAUAGAAAAUCAUGUUAGCAAAUGUUUGUUCUUAAAUGAAUCGACAAGCAAAGAAUCUCCAUCGUCCUUUAAAGAUGGAAGUCCUGCAAGGAAAUAUAUGAAAUUAACCAAUACCGAGGCAAAAAAGGGCAGUUUAAGAUUAACGAAAAAAGCAACAAAUUCGAUAGAAUCGCCAGUAACAAAUACAGAUUCCCAUUGUCCAAAUUCGACGUCAGUAAUUAACAGUAAUACAGACAAAGAAAUUAGAAAAUUAUUUGGGAAUGAUCACGUACCUCUUGCCGAACGUAUGAGACCCACAACACUUUCAGAGUAUGUUGGUCAAUCUCAUAUUCUCGGGCCGUCAACUGUCCUGUAUCAAUUAUUGAAUAAAUCUGAAAUACCAAAUAUAAUUUUAUGGGGCCCACCUGGUUGUGGAAAGACAUCUUUGGCAAAUGUUAUAGCUCAUAUAUGUAAAAAUAAGUCAAAUGGUAAAAUGAGAUACGUGAAGCUGUCUGCGGCAAUGGCUGGCGUAAGUGAAGUAAAAGAAGUAAUCGCCAUAGCUUCCAACGAGUUAAAAUUUAAUAGACGCACGGUGAUUUUUAUGGAUGAAAUACAUCGUUUUAAUAAAAAUCAACAAGAUGUAUUUUUAUCACACGUUGAGUCUGGUACUAUCACGCUGAUCGGUGCUACAACAGAGAAUCCUUCUUUUAGUUUAAACUCUGCGCUUUUGAGUCGCUGUAGAGUCAUUGUUUUGGAGAAAUUAAACAUAUCUAAUUUGAUAUCUAUACUGAAUCAAGCUGUGUCUUCUCUAGAUGGAGCGAUACAUGGCUCAAACAAAUUGGAAAAUACCGAUCGAAUACCAAAGUUUAUUAUAGAUGAACAAACCAUAGAAUGGUUAGCAGGAACUUGUGACGGCGAUGCACGUAUAGCAUUGGGUGGUUUGGAAUUAGCAGUUCAAUGUAAAGUGCAAAGUAACGAAGAAUUUUUACAAAAUGGUCCUGUAAUCAUAACGUUAAACGACAUUCAAGAGAACCUGAAGAAAACUCAUAUGUUAUAUGACAAGAAGGGUGAUCAGCAUUACGAUAUGAUUUCAGCUCUGCAUAAAUCUGUCCGAGCGAGUGACGAAAAUGCUUCUCUUUACUGGUUAACGAGAAUGAUAUUAGGUGGUGAAGAUCCAGUUUAUAUUGCGCGGAGGUUAGUUAGAAUGGCAUGUGAAGAUAUUGGUUUGGAAGAUCCGAAAGCCCUCGAAAUUGCCGUAAAUACAAUGCAUGGUUGCAAGUUGAUAGGAAUGCCCGACUGUGAUGUCAUUUUGGCACAAUGUACAACGUAUUUGGCGAGAGCAUCAAAGUCUAGGUUAAUGGACGAUGCACUCAGAGCUGCUCAAAAAGUAGUAGCUGAACAUAAAGGACCUCAACCUGGAGUACCUUUACAUUUAAGAAAUGCUCCAACAAAGCUUAUGAAGAAUCUAGGUAAUGAUAAUUACAUAUUAUUUGUCAUUAGUAAGAAUUAUAUGUAUAAUUUGGUAAAAGAUAUCUUUUUAAUGAUAUAUUUUUUAUAAACUCUAUUUUAGGAUACAGCAAAGGUUACAACAUGAAACAUAGAGAUGAAUCGGGGUUGAAUUAUUUACCAGAAGGAUUAGAAAAUGUAAAUUUUUUCGAUCGUUAUUAAAAUUACACGAGUAUGAGUUUUCAACAAGUUUUAAUGAAAGAUUGGUUACAAUACAUUUAUUAUAUUAUUUACUAUACUACAGGAUACAGAGUGUAACGUAAAAGCUAUGCUAAUUAGAUAU